AUGGCAGUCAUCAGCCAUUCUUUCCGCCGCGACUUGAUCUCGGACAAGCACGUAGUGAGCCCCGACGCUGCAGUCCGACUCGAGCUUUGCUCGUUCAACGCCCCGAGGCCGUUCAUAACCUACAUCACCACCAAGAUGGCGACGUCAAUCAUUCCCGCGCGGGCCAUCAUCCCGUUCCUGGUAGCCAUGAUGCUCUUCACGGGCGUCUGCAACACGCUCUUGACCAAGUACCAGGACAACCAAUGUGUCCGCGACUGCGACAAUCCGGACCCGGCAAAGCGUCGCCACUUCGAGCAGCCGGUGAUCCAGACUUUGCAGAUGUUCGUCGGCGAAAUGGGCUGCUGGCUCGUCGUCGGCCUGCUCUCCCUCUACCGUCGCUACACCGGCCGCAGCACCACCGCCGGCACCACCGGCGCCGCCGCCUACCAACCCCUCCCCACCACUGCCACCGCCGCCGACGAGGCCGACGCCGCCAGUAUCCACUCCACCACGGCGCUCAACCCCGCCGCGGCGGCCGCCAAGCCGCACGCGGGAGCACCCCCGGUGCUGGGCGGCUGGCGCGUGACGCUGCUCGCGCUGCCGGCCAUCUGCGACAUCCUCGGCACGACGCUGAUGAACGCGGGCCUGCUGCUGGUGGCGGCGUCCAUCUACCAGAUGACGCGCGGCGCGCUCGUGCUGUUCGUCGGCCUGUUCAGCGUCGUCUUCCUGCGCCGCCACCUGCACCUGUUCCAGUGGCUGUCGCUGCUUGGCGUCGUGCUCGGCGUGGCCAUCGUCGGGCUCGCGGGCGCGAUCCAGCCGGAUAAGAAGCACGCUGAUGCCGUUGCUGGGCAUGGGGAUGUUGAUGACAGCGCGGCCGGGGUCGGGGCGGAUGCGCUGCGGGUCAUCGUGGGCGUGUUCAUGAUUGCGGGCGCGCAGGUGUUUACGGCGACUCAGUUCGUGCUGGAGGAGUGGAUCCUUGAGCGGUCGGCGAUUGAGCCGAUCCGGGUGGUCGGGUGGGAGGGCCUGUUCGGGUUCAUCGUGACGCUGCUGGGCAUGCUGGUGCUGCAUGCCGCGAUCGGGCGGACCGAGGCCGGCCGCGGCGGUCCGUUCGACAUGGUGGAGGGCUGGCGCCAGUUCUGGGAGUACCGCGCCGUGUUUGUGUCGAGCAUCCUGAUCAUGAUCAGCAUCGGCGGCUUCAACUUCUUCGGCCUGUCCGUCACGCGCAGCGUCAGCGCCACCUCGCGCUCGACCAUCGACACGUGCCGCACCCUCUUCAUCUGGAUCGUCUCGCUCGGCCUCGGCUGGGAGACGUUCAAGUGGCUGCAGGUCCUCGGCUUCGCCCUGCUCGUCUACUCCACCUUCCUCUUCAACGGCGUCGUGCAGCCGCCCUUCGCCUUCCUCCGCGUGCCCGAGGUCGAGGAGCUGCUCCCCGAGGAGCCCAUCGAGCAUAAUUGAACUACCUACCUUGGUGUUGGCAUUGCCGAUGUACAUGCAUAGCUCUCGCUCCUCUCCCCUUCCCAUUAUCUAUCCCUGUGUAUAUGGUGAUAUACAUGUUCACACACCGACCGAUCGGGGCGGAUGUGUUCAGGGUUCCGCGACGGAUAUCUUGUCAGACCCAUUAGCGGCGUUUGUUGGGCGUGCGAGUGGUUUUUGUUUGGAUUUUGGCAUUUGGGUUCGGUUUUCGUCAUCGGAAACGCGUAUGCACACAGGUCGUCCGUCAUUCGGCGUGUUAUCACAGGCUAGGGGACCCUCGACGGCUCCGGCCGGCGGAGUCGAGGCGCGCGGGGUCUGAAUAGACGAGCUCGUCC